GCGAGCUCAGCCUGCCCGGGGAGCGCUCGGCGAGCGGGGAGCGCCAUGGGCAACCUGUGCGGCUGCGGCCGGCGCUGGAAGUGCCCUUCACCUUUCAAAAGGAAGAAAGCAAAGCAAGGAGCUAAUGUGAGGCAGGAGGCGCAGCAGCAGCAGCCUGGCAGCAAGGCUGUCCCAUCAGCAGUGCCCACGUAUGAGGAUGUCCCAGACGUGCCCGUGUAUGCCACGGUGAGCAGGAGGGGAGUCCAGCAGGAGGAGAGCAUCCACUACGCCGACAUCCAGGUGUUGUGCAGGUCCCAGCCGCGCUCAGCCGCCCAGGUGAGGAGCCUGCAGCAGCACCAGCCCACCGAGUACGCCACCCUCAACUUCCCCAGGGCCAGGCUCAAGUACGACAGCAAAAACGGGACCUUGGUCUGA